CAUAAAAUAGGAAGGGAAUAAAACUAAAAAAGAUGUUUCCAAAGAUAUCCCUAAUUAAAUCUUUCCAUGAUUUUGUGAAGCAACUGGCCGGCCUACCACGAAGAGGAGCCGAACUUCUCAACUUUUCACAGUUAUGAAGCAUCCUUUGGUUGAAUUUUUGUUGUUUGUUUAGGUGCUCUUCUCAAUAAAUUUUGAAAAACAUGGAGGGACUUAUAGUAUGAACGGCAAGUCAGCUCUCUAUGCGUUAGGUAAAGAAUUUUGGAAAGUUUUUGGAUUGUCGCCAGGUGAAUUGAUUCAGAGGAUGAUUGGUUGUCUAUCGAAAGAAUCAUUUCGUAAAAAAGAGAUUAACAGUCAAAGCACAAGUUGUGAGGAUGGAGCAAAUUUGGCCGCAAAUAUAUUGCCUCAUAACAGACCUCCUGCUGAUAGGUUAAUGCUGUCAGCUUCAGAGAACAACUUAAGCUUACCUCUAGGAAAUGAUGCUAAGGUUAGCUUCUCAAAGCGAGCCGGGAAGACUAUGAAGCACAGGGAGCAGGAUUUUCAUCAGCAACUUUUCGAAUUGCUUAAUGAUGGAGCCAAAUUGUCUUAUUAUUCACAUGGAAAGGAAAUUCUGGAAGGUUAUAAGUUUGGAAAAAAUAUACUCUGCAGCUGCUGUAAUUCUAUGCUUAGUGCUUCUAAAUUUGAAGCUCAUGCUGGGCAUGAAAAGAGAAGAAAGCCCUAUCACUCCAUAUACACUUCUUAUGGAAAGUCUCUGCACCAAAUUGCAGUGUUUUUAUCACUUGAUAAAGGCUCGUUUGAUCCCGUUGAUAAAGAUCUUAUCAUGGGGAGUAAAGUUGGGGGAAAAUUGCCCUUUGAUUUAAGAUAUCAAAAUGCUUGUAAUGCAGGUGAACAAAGUUCUAGUGCUUGCAGUUCAUUUAGCUUUGGAUUUGGGCGUAUAUUUCAAGCUCCUUGCAAUUUAGGCAGUUGCAUGUUUUGCAGAAACGAUGAUGCCACUCUGAAUUAUGGGAACAUUUGUGACACUACGAUGCUAUUUUGUGGCCAAUGCGGUAGAAUGUUUCAUGUUGGGUGUCUAAGGAUUCAUGGAAUAUGCGACAUCAAGGAAAGGCCGAACCCUCCCGAUUCUUGGCUUUGUGGGGACAAAUGCAUUAAAGUCCGUGCUGAUCUCUUGAAUUUUUUUCAAGAAGGGCCCAGAAAUAUCUCUGAAUCACUUUUGACUUCACUGCCUUUUUCUAUAAGAAGCACAUUACACAAGGAAACUAAAAUUCAUGUUCAUUGGCAACUUUUGAGUGGCAGAUUUCAGGAUGGCAAAAGUGAAUUACUACAACAGGCCACACAAAUUUUCCAAGAGGCUUUUGGUGCUGUUUAUAAAGGAUAUCGCGAUGUGCUAUCUACAAUGGUCAAUGGUGAAAAGGGUGUAGCUGAAUUUUUCGGAGGAAUGUUUUGUGCUGUCAUAACUGUGAAAUCCAGGAUUGUGUCAGCUGCGCUGUUAAGGGUGUUUGGUAAUCAUGUUGCAGAACUUCCUCUUGCUGCUACAGCCAAAGAAAGGCGAGGAGAGGGUUUCUUCAAAAUCUUACUUCUGAAAAUUGAAGAGAUGCUGAGUUUCAUGAAGGUGGAGAAGCUGAUACUUCCAGCUGAUAUUCACAGCCUUCCUAUGUGGGUGGAAAAUUUUGGAUUUAUUAAUAUGAGUAUAGAAGAGAUUAGAGAGUAUCAAAUGGAACAUAGGAUAAUGAUGUUUGAAAAUACCAGUAUGUUGCAGAAGGCAGUCCUUCAGUCUUAGAACUAGGAAAGAGGUGGGUUUGCAUUUGAUUAGUUUGGAUGAUUUGAUUUAUAAAAUCAAUUGAAUCAAUUAAAUUUGAGUGUAUGGAGUUAUUAAAAAGAAAGGUUUGCA